GUUUGAUCUGGUCUCCCUCUUCACUCUUCGCUCUACAUUUCCAACACAUUCCAUCAAUUAUGGCCAUCCAAACCUCGACCGGGCUCGCCGCCCGUAUGCUCACCAAGCGCGCCGCUUUCCCCGCAUCUCGCCAGGGACUCAGGAACUUCAGCUCCGCCCGACCGGCCCUGAAGGAGAUCCAGGAGGCGUACAUUCUCAGUGGCGCUCGUACGCCGACGGCCAAGUUCAACGGCUCGUUCUCGUCGGUAUCCGCCCCCGAGCUCGGCGCCGCGGCCAUCAAGUCCGCCGUCGGCAAGUCCAACCUUCCCGUCGAGAAGAUCACGGAUGUGUACAUGGGCAACGUCCUUCAAGGCUCCGUGGGCCAGGCGCCCGCCCGUCAGGCCUCGAUCUUCGCUGGGCUGGCCCCCACGGUCGAAGCAACGACGGUCAACAAGGUGUGCGCGUCCGGUCUCAAGGCGGUGGCGCUGGCCGCCCAGAACAUCCAGCUCGGCCUGGCGGAGGCCCAGAUCGCCGGUGGCAUGGAGAACAUGUCCCGUGUCCCCUACUACAUGGCCCGCGCGGGCCAGCUGCCCCCCUUCGGCAACCUCGCCCUGGAGGACGGUCUGAUCAAGGACGGUCUGUGGGACGUCUACAACAAGUUCCACAUGGGUGUGUGCGCGGAGAACACCGCCAAGAAGUAUGAGGUCUCCCGCGAGGACCAGGAUCAGUACGCCAUCCAGUCGUACCAGCGCGCCCAGGAGGCCUGGAGCCAGAACAAGUUCGCCGACGAGAUCGUUCCCGUCACCGUCAAGGGUAAGAAGGGCGACACCGUGAUCGAGCGUGACGAGGGAUACGAGAACCUGCGCAUCGACAAGCUGCCGACCCUGAAGCCUGCCUUCGUCCGCGACGGCACGGGCACCGUCACCGCUGGCAACGCGUCCACCAUGAACGACGGCGCGUCGGCGCUGGUUAUCGCCAGCAAGGAGCUGGCUCGCGAGUUCGGCAAGGGUAACCGUGCUCUGGCUCGCAUCGUGUCCUCCGCGGACGCCGCCAUCGACCCCAUCGACUUCCCCGUGGCGCCGGCCAAGGCUGUCCCCAUUGCCCUGGAGCGGGCCGGCAUCACCAAGGACCAGGUCGCCGUGUGGGAGUUCAACGAGGCUUUUGCCGCUGUCAUCAAGGCGAACGAGAAGAUCCUGGGCCUGGAAAACGCCCGCGUCAACCCCCUGGGCGGCGCCAUCUCCCUGGGCCACGCCCUCGGCAGCUCUGGCUCUCGCAUCCUGGUGACCCUGCUGCACCAGCUUCAGCCCGGCGAGUACGGUGUCGCCGCCAUCUGCAACGGUGGCGGUGCUGCCAGCGCCAUGGUUGUGCAGAAGCUGGACCAGGUUGAGUAAAGGAAGGGAAGAAAAAAAAACAAAAAAAAAAAAGUCCUGUUACGCCUCUGCAAGUAUCAAUUUAGCGCAUCAUUUCGAUCAUUCUGUACCCUGAUCCGGCUCCUUUCGCAUCGCAUCCACGAUUUUGUGGUUCUAUAACGAAUAUACCUAUCUAUAUACCCAUUGCUUUACUGGGCCGAUCCAUGGGCAGGAACAUCAUGUAUACCAGUACUUCCGGGAUUUUC